ACAAAAAUAAAUAUACUUUAUUUACUCAAAUAGUAGAUAAAUAAAAAUCCUCUGUUCCUUCCUUCUCCCACAAAUCAAACAAGUGACUUUUUAUAUUUAUCUUAUUAAUUCUGUAGUCUCGAGAUUCGCUUUUUCUCCUGCUUACUUCUUUUUAUCAUCUUCUCUUUGUCGGUUUGAUUUGGAAAAACUUUCUGCAAAAAAAAGAGAGAUUCUUAAACUUUUUAUCUCAAGAUCCUUUCAAAAAAUCUGAAAAGAGAAGAUUUUUAAUAAAAAAGAAUGGUUGAAACUGGUCACCAUCAUCAACAUCCACCGGCACCGGCUGCAGCCGGUCAUCCGCCGGUUCCAUCCAUGGCGAUGGCGCGUAACAUGGGAACCACUUGGCCUCCGGCGGAGCAACUUCAUCAUCUUCAAUAUUGCAUCCACUCUAACCCUUCUUGGCAUGAGACGGUUGUACUGGCUUUCCAGCAUUACAUCGUUAUGCUCGGGACUACUGUUUUGAUUGCCAACACACUAGUGUCACCAAUGGGUGGAGAUCCUGGUGAUAAAGCGCGGGUUAUCCAGACUAUAUUGUUUAUGUCGGGCAUAAACACGUUGCUACAAACGCUUAUCGGGACAAGGCUUCCCACGGUUAUGGGAGUAUCGUUCGCGUAUGUUCUUCCCGUAUUGUCUAUAAUCAGAGAUUACAACAAUGGUCAAUUCGAUUCCGAGAAACAGAGAUUCCGACAUACUAUGAGAACGGUACAAGGAUCAUUAAUCAUUUCUUCAUUCGUCAACAUCAUAAUCGGAUAUGGUCAGGCAUGGGGGAACUUAAUAAGAAUCUUUAGUCCCAUCAUUGUUGUGCCCGUUGUUUCUGUUGUGAGCCUUGGCCUAUUCCUUAGAGGCUUCCCACUGCUUGCAAACUGUGUGGAAAUCGGUCUACCAAUGCUGAUUCUGUUGAUCAUCACACAGCAAUAUCUUAAACAUGCAUUCUCAAGGAUUUCUAUGAUUCUUGAAAGAUAUGCUUUACUUGUUUGCCUGGCUAUCAUAUGGGCUUUUGCUGCUAUCCUUACUGUUUCUGGUGCUUAUAAUAAUGUUUCUACCGCAACAAAACAAAGUUGUCGAACUGAUCGUGCCUUUCUUAUGUCAUCAGCUCCCUGGAUUAGAAUCCCAUAUCCAUUCCAGUGGGGGACUCCGAUAUUCAAAGCGAGUCAUGUUUUUGGAAUGUUUGGUGCUGCAAUUGUCGCAUCUGCAGAGUCUACCGGAGUAUUUUUCGCUGCAUCUAGACUAGCAGGAGCAACAGCGCCUCCAGCACAUGUCGUCUCUCGUAGUAUCGGUCUACAGGGUAUUGGUGUGCUCCUUGAAGGAAUAUUUGGUUCCAUUACUGGCAAUACCGCGUCCGUGGAAAAUGUCGGUCUCCUUGGCCUCACACGAAUAGGGAGUAGACGAGUGGUGCAGGUUUCAACGUUUUUCAUGAUAUUUUUCUCCAUAUUUGGUUUGUCUUUCAACCCUCUAAUCAGUCAUCUUGACUAAGUAUAGAAAGUAGCCGUUCAUGGGUUUUAAAUCCGCGUGUUUUCAAUGAUCUUCAGGAAAAUUUGGCGCGUUCUUUGCGUCUAUUCCGCUUCCAAUCUUUGCAGGCGUAUACUGUAUACUACUUGGAAUCGUUGUUGCUGUUGGAAUAUCGUUUAUACAGUUUACCGACACUAAUUCGAUGAGAAACAUGUACGUCAUUGGUGUCUCUCUCUUCUUAAGUCUUUCCAUCGCUCAGUACUUUCUUGCCAACACUUCAAGAGCAGGAUAUGGACCAGUUAGGACAGCAGGAGGAUGGUUCAACGAUAUACUUAAUACGAUAUUUGCUUCGGCUCCGUUGGUGGCGACCAUUCUUGCGACCAUACUAGAUAACACGUUGGAAGCAAGACAUGCAAGUGACGACGCAAGAGGAAUCCCGUGGUGGAAGCCCUUCCAGCACAGGAACGGAGACGGCAGGAACGAUGAGUUCUAUAGUAUGCCCCUUAGAAUCAACGAGUUAAUGCCGACACGGUUCCUUUGAAGACUGCCCCUGAACGUUUCUUCUGUAUUUGGAAAUGUAAGAUAUGAUUAUGUGCAUACCUUGUAGCUUCAUUGGGGAAAAAUUGAGUCCAGUGGAUACAAAUGAACAUAGGCCUUUGAUGGAAAAAGCUAUUUUUUUGCAAACUAUAUAACUUGUGUUACUAGAUUACUUUGCCUUUCAUAUCAUUAGCAUACCUUUUGAACAAGUGCUUUAUACCACAUAUACAAACAAUUUUUGUUCUUUCAUUGUUUCUUAGAGCAGCUCCAAUGCAAGGUUCUCUCACUAUAUUUGUGGAGUUCUCUGAUUUUUUGAUAAAAAA